UGCCUACACAAAUAUGACCGGGUCGAAUAGGAUUUCCCCCCCAAGCUGUGCGCCAUGCCGAGACCUUCUAUUUAACGCCUAGCUUGUCUCUAUUAGCUACAACCAGUCAAGACAAAACAAUGUCAAUGUCACAUGGCCAAACAAGAGCAAUGGAAAGCUUGCUGGUGCUUCUCUCCCUUGGAGUCCUCGUCCAGCUCGCCGGCUGCAGCCCUCCGCCGGACCCGGUGAUCUGCACGCAUGGCACGUCCAACUGCACCAUCGCCAACACGUACGGCUCCUUCACGGACCGCACCAUCUGCCGCGCGGCCAAGGUCACCUACCCGGGGACCGAGCAGGAGCUGUUCGCGGCCGUGGCAGCCGUGGUGUCCACAAAACAGAAGGUGAAGGUGGCCACCAAGCACUCACACAGCAUUCCCAAGCUGGCGUGCCCCGGCGGCGACGAAGGUACACUCAUAAGCACGGCGCGGCUCAACCGGACGGUGUGCAUCGACGUCGCGAAACGGCUCAUGACGGUGGAGAGCGGCAUGCUCCUUCGGGACCUGAUCGAGGCCGCUGCCGCGGCGGGGCUGUCCCUGCCUCACUCACCGUACUGGUACGGCCUGACCAUCGGGGGCAUGUUGGCGACGGGAGCGCACGGGAGCUCGCUGUGGGGAAAGGGAGGCGCCGUGCUCGAGUACGUGGUCGGGCUGAGGAUCGUAACUCCGGCGCCGGCGAGCCAGGGGUUCGCCGUAGUGAGGGAGCUAGGUUCCGAUCACCCAGUGUUAGACCUGGAUGCCGCGAAGGUCUCCCUUGGGGUUCCCGGCGUCGUCUCUCAGGUAACUCUGACCAUGCAGCCGUUGUUCAAGCGGUCGGUGACGAUGGUGCAGCGCGACGACUCAGACAUGGCGGAGAAGGUGGCUGUGUGGGGCCACCUCCACGAGUUUGGCGACAUGACGUGGCUGCCGUAUCAGCGCAUGGUGAUCUACCGCCAAGACGACCGCGUCGACGUCUCGACCCCAGGCAAUGGCCUCAAUGACUUGCUCCUUUUUCGCGCCAGUCCCACCCGCAGGCUCGUCGACGCAAGAGUCGCCGAGGAGCGCCUGCAGGAGAACGGCACUGACACCGCCCGAUGCACGGCGGCGCAGCAGCAAGCGGCCGCCUUCGAGCAACGGUCCUAUGGUUUCACGAACGACGGCGUCUCUUUCACAAGAUACCCGGUGGUGGGGUACCAACACCGCAUCCAGGCGUCUGGCACAUGCCUCAGUAGCCCAGAGGAUGGCCUCCUCACCUCCUGCGCAUGGGACCCACGCAUCCGAGGCUCCUUCUACUACAACUCCGGCUUCAGUGUCGCAGUCUCCAAGGCACGGGCAUUCGUCGUUGACAUGCAACGUCUCCGCGACCGCAACCCGGACAUGUUUUGUGCUGCCCUCGACUCCAAGGUGGGCGUGGUCAUGCGGUACGUCAAGGCGUCAUCGGCUUACCUUGGUAAAAAGGAGGACUCGGUCGACUUCGAUAUCGUCUACUACCGGAGCCAUACAAACGGCAUGCCGCGUGUGCACGCCGACGUGGUGGACGAGAUCGAGCAAAUGGCACUGCGCAAGUACGGCGGCCUCCCGCAUUGGGGAAAGAACUGGAACUUCGCCUUCUAUGGUGCCAUCACAAAGUACCCGAAAGCUCAUAAGUUCCUUAAAGUGAAAAAUAAGUACGACCCCGAUGGGCUCUUCUCCAAUGAGUGGACUGACCAAGUACUUGGUAUCAAUGGAACUCCCAACGUCAUCAAAAAGAGUUGCGCCAUCGAAGGACUCUGUGUAUGCUCCAGUGACUUGCAUUGUGCUCCGGAGCAGGGCUACUUAUGCAAGCCAGGGAAGGUGUACAAGAAGGCUCGAGUCUGCUCGUUCAUCACGGAUUAUUAG